CUGGCGGGGCGGUGCCGGUGCCCGUGCGGGUUGCGUUGGGGCCCGGCUCCUCCCUCCCGCAGCGCCCCUGCGCGGCGCCGGCAGCGGCGGCGGGGCCUGGGCUCGGCGGGGCCCGGCCGGGGAGCGCGGAGCCGCCCGCAGCAGCAGCAGGAGGAGGGGCAGCAGCAUGGGGCCGGCCCCGCAGCCCCCCGCAGCCGCACGGAGAGGGUAGCCCUAGUUCCUGAGAGCUCACCAAAUAUUGGAUGCUUGUGGUAAGCCAUGGCAGCUGAUGAUAAGGUUGCCAUUUUAACCGACGAUGAAGAAGAACAAAAAAGAAAAUACGUGCUUGCUGAUCCUUUCAACGGCAUUUCCAAGGAUCAAGACUUGCAGCCCCAGAAUGAAUCCCCUUCGACAGAGACAACCACUGUCCCAGACGAAGAGCUGGACUGGCUAGAAAAGCACUGCGUCAAAAUAAACAAUGAUCUUCUCAUCUCGAAGGUCUUUUAUUUUUUCUUCUAUUCUGCGUAUGGCUCUCUCUACCCCUUGCUGCCUGUGUAUUACAAGCAGCUGGGUAUGUCACCCAGUCAGAGCGGACUUCUGGUGGGCAUCAGGUACUUUAUUGAGUUUUGCAGUGCUCCCUUCUGGGGAGUGGUAGCAGAUCGCUUCAAGAAAGGGAAGAUUGUCCUUCUCUUCUCGCUUUUAUGCUGGGUUUUAUUUAACCUGGGGAUUGGAUUUGUUAGACCAGCCACCUUAAGAUGUGUACCAAAGGGCCUUCCCCCAGCACAUCCCACCAAUGCAAGCAGCCUUUUAACCACCGUUUCACAAAACGCCUCAAUGUCAUCUCUGCUAACGACUGUGAGUGCUGCAUCCCCCAAAGUUCGUGGGAAGAGAGACCUGCUGACUUCCAGUCCGGCCACUCUGGGAGCAACAGGGACUGCUACUCCUGAAAUAACAUUCCUGCUACCUACACAGAGCAGUGACAUGGAUUUUGCCUUGGAAAACAGUACCCAUCCUGUUUUGAAAAACACCACUGCUAGCCCAGUCUCACCAGGGAACACGACUCCAAGCACCACCCCAGCUGCCGUCACCGCAAAGCCCAUGCCUUCUGACCAAGCCGUGCUCGUUUAUGAUCAGCAAGAAGUAGAAGCCAUCUUCCUGCUCAUUCUGCUGGUUGUCAUAAUAGGAGAGUUUUUCAGCGCUUCCUCUGUUACAAUUGUGGACACCGUAACUCUGCAAUACCUCGGCAAGCACCGGGACCGCUACGGGCUGCAGCGAAUGUGGGGGUCUCUGGGCUGGGGGCUGGCCAUGCUCUCUGUGGGAAUCGGCAUCGACUACACCCAUACAGAAGUCGUCAUUGAAGGUCAAGGAUGUAAAGCUCCCGAAUACAAGAACUACAGGAUAGUCUUCAUCGUUUUUGGUGUUCUGAUGACAAUGGCGUUAAUUGUGGCCACCCAGUUCCGCUUUCAUUACACGCACUUCAAGCAAGAGGAAAACAAGAAGAAGGAGGUGGAAAUAUCACAGGUGGACAGGAGCACCUCCAAUGAAUCCUCCGACAACACUCCUACAACCAGUAUGAGCCAGUCGCAGUCUUUCAGCUUUUGGGACCUCAUAAAACUGCUUUGUAGUAUCCAGUAUGGCUCGGUGCUCUUCGUGGCAUGGUUCAUGGGCUUUGGAUAUGGCUUUGUCUUCACCUUCCUCUACUGGCACUUGGAAGACCUGAAUGGCACCACCACUCUCUUUGGUGUUUGCUCUGUGCUCAGUCAUGUGUCUGAGCUGACUGCCUACUUCUUCAGCCACAAGCUGAUUGAAUUGGUUGGACACAUCAGAGUGCUGUAUAUUGGUCUUGCCUGCAAUACGGCUCGCUACAUUUACAUCUCAUAUCUGGAAAACGCCUGGACUGUUCUCCCAAUGGAAGUACUUCAAGGUGUCACGCACGCGGCCAUAUGGGCAGCCUGCAUUUCGUACCUGAGCGCCGCCGUGCCCCCGGAGCUGCGCACCUCGGCCCAGGGGAUCCUGCAAGGCCUCCACCUGGGCCUGGGCAGGGGAUGCGGGGCCAUGGUCGGAGGGGUUUUGGUCAAUUAUUUCGGUCCUGCUGCCACAUUCAGAGGAAUAGGAAUGGCGUGUUUAGUGAUUCUGCUGCUCUUUGCACUGAUCCAGUGGCUGCUAGUUCCUGAUGAAGAAGAAGAAAAGGCGAUGCUGGCGGAGAGGAUCCCAGUGCCUUCCAGUCCUGUCCCCAUAGCGACCAUUGACCUCGUGCAGCAGCAGUCAGAAGAUGUCAUGCCUCGGACUGAGCCCAGGCUGCCUCUAAAGAAAACGAAACACCAAGAGGAACAAGAGGAUGUGAACAAGCCUGCCUGGGGCAUCAGCUCUUCUCCUUGGGUCACCUUAGCCUAUGCUGUCUACCAGAUAAAAGAGAUGGUUAAGCUCUCCAAAACCCACCCAAUACCUGAGAAUCAGCCUUUGCAGAAAAUCAAUGAGAAUUGCAGUACUUCAUCAGCCAGCUCAGCAAGACAACCCCAAAACGUGCCAGAUUCUGGGCAGCCCAGAAAUUGUUCGACCCCGACAGCGCCGCCUGACGCCCAGGCAGACGGCGCCACUCAGCCUGCCGCCGCCGGGCCCUGAGACGCGCUCACCUCACCCACAGCAGUGCAUGGAUUUCUGCUUCUCACCUGGGGAACGCUGGAGCAGGAGCUCAAAAGUAGGACUGCCUUCAUCCUAACGAUCAUAACGUGGUGCAGUGCAAGCUUGUAACCCCACAAACAAUACUCAUAGGACUACACAGAGCAACACAAGCAGGGAAGCCAGCAGUUUGGAGUGCUUGAGGGAAGUGACGUGGCCGGAUCUGACUGUAGGAAGAACUCUUGGCAGCUUUGCUAAAAUCUUAGUCAAGCGCUGUGAGAUUUCUUUGCAAUCUGUAGAAAAAGGGGAGUUCGCUCUUCGCUCGCUGAGCCCAGAGUGUCUGACUCGAUCAGCUUUUUUUUUUUUUUUUUCCUUUGAAUUUGAUCCUGAGACAAAACGAAAAGACUUUUUAGGAGAGAAACUGAGUUUCCCUGCAUAGUCUAUUAAAAAUAUUGGAUCCAAUAAAUAUAGGAACAGCAUGAACCUGUCUCUCUAAAGAUUUCUCAGAUACAGAGUAGCUUUAGCAAGCAUAUCUUCAUAUUGCGGUGAUGGAAUGAGUAAAGCAUAUUCAAAGAAUAUGUUUUUUGAAGCUACGUUAUCUUGUUUGAGAUAAAGGUUUAGUUCUGCAAAGCAAAGAUUUUUUGAAAUGACAUUUUAGUGAAACAAAAAAGCUGGAGGAAAGCUUGUGAAGAAGUUAACCUCUGUGCGUACAGCCCUUCAGCUGGGCGUAUGUUGUGUGUGUUUGGGUAAUUUUAGUUUGAUGUUGUGUUGAGACGACUAACUUUGAUCAAGAUUGCACAGCCUGAGAUUGAUCAAGGUUUUCAAUGGACACAGUUUGUUUUUUUUUUGUUCUUAUUUCAUCAUCUAUACAGCGGUUUAUUUAAUGCAGUGUAGUUACUGUGGUUAUUUAUUAAGAAAACAGCAAGCUUUAAGUGCCUGGGGAAGGGGGGGAGGGAGGAGGGAGGGAGAGUCACCUAAAAAUCGUAAUGAUGACAAUUUCAGGGGCAAAGUUGUUGGCGCAGAAAUCAAGUCGAAUGAGGGAUUCUCAGGAGGAGACGUACGUCACUAGAACGCAGUGUGUGUUGGAAAUUAACUUUGCCCGACGUCGAGACACUGGAAAACUUUGUGUUGUUUUGUCAUGCUUCUCAAUACCGACUGCAACCAGCUCACUCACUGCUGCCUAGUGAAAAUUGCUGCUGGGGAGAGAUCCUCGGGCUUGAGGGGGGUUUGGUCAGGACAGCGUUUUGGCUCGUUUGCUCAUCCCAACAGCUCGUUCCUGGGAGAUUCGGAGCUGUUGGGCUGCACGGCCCCGGCGGUGAUGCGGGGGCAAGAUUAGGGGAAGGGGAGAGGACGAUGGCAGCAGCUGAGCAGGAGGAGGGUAUGCAGAUUCACCCGUUUUGACAUCCAGUUAGUUUGGCUGAAGGGGUCUCCCGUGGCUGUGCUUUAGCUGUGCUUUUAGACCAAACCGUGUUCUGGCGGUGCCUGGGACCAACACCUUAGAAAAUGAAGAGGAACAUCGAUGACUAGCCACUAAUUACUUUUUUUGCACUUGAACUUAAAUGUACUGUACUCAUGUAAAUCCUCAUGACUUGUCGAAGUGUCCUUUAAAAUCAGAAAUGUAUUUAUUGUAUGUUUGUAUAACGGGGGAGAAGCGAGGGACUGAUCAGGUGACAGGACGGAAGGAUGCUACAAACCAUCUCGAGACAAACCAACCAUUUGUUGAGCUCACGCUGUACGGUGUUACCUCAGCUUCUCCUGCAUAGCACCUGGGUUGUGAGGUGAAGAGCUUGUACACUGUGUUUACACUUGGAAUUGUUUAUUUGAAAUGCCUGCUCUUUUUGGAAUUGUAGAGUCAUUCUAUGUUGCAAAAUGGACAUGUACACCUGGGUUUUGAUAUUUGUGAAACUGUAAAAACCGUGGUAAGAAAUAUAAAUUAUCCAUAAUGUAUUUAA